AUGCCACCUUUAACGUCUGAUCCACGGUAUCUUCCGUAUGGAAAUGAUCAGCCGAUCACUUCAUCUGAUUGUUAUCCUCCUCAACAACAUACCAUGCCUGAGUUAGUUAACUUUCCAUCUGCAAGAACGACGAAUGAUGAAAUCGGUUUCAAAGAACAAAGUGAAAUGCAAGAAAUCGAAUCUUUGAAAGGAUUUAAGAAAUUUAGAAUCAAAUUUUUACGUCGGAAUCAAAUCAAAUGGUAUAUCAUAACGAUCUUAAUCGUAGGAAUAAUCGCACUCAUCACAAUUUAUCAUGCUCAAAUCAUUAAAGCAUUAAAACCUUUUGCAGAAGAUUUAAGAGAAUUAAAAGUAGGAAACUUUAAGAUUGGUUGGGUUAUACCUAUUUUGAUUUUGAUUAUUAUUUCUUUUCCACCUUUACUUGGACACGAAAUUAUAGUUUUACUUUGUGGUUUGGUUUGGGGACUUUGGAUCGGAUUCGGUAUAGUUUCAAUCGGUACUUAUUUAGGAGAAUUAGCAAAUUUUUUCGUUUUUAAAUAUGCUUGUAAAUCAAGAGCUGAAAGGUAUGAAGAAAAGAAUAUGAGUUUUGCUACUCUAAGUUUAGUAAUUAGAGAAGGUGGAUUUUGGAUUGCACUCUUAGCCAGACUUUCAGCUAUUCCCAGUCAUCUAUUAACCCCAGUCUUAGCCACAAGUGGCAUGAACGUUUGGAUCUUUUCAGCUGCCACAAUCUUAUCGAUGCCCAAACAAUUAUCACAUGUUUAUUUAGGUACAUUAUUUGAAGUGGGAAAAAAAUCAAAAUCUACAUCUGAAAAAUUAGUCGAAUAUUCAGUUUUGAUUUUAUCUUUUCUAAUCACUAUCAUUGCUGCAAUUUAUAUUUAUUGGAGAAUGAAAAAAGUUAAACCUAUUGUACUGCAAAAUAGAUUGGAUCUUAAGAAUCAAAAUGCGCUUCAUAAUCAUCCUGAUAGUGGAGUUCAACCUUAUGAUUUACCCUGA